CAUUUAUAUCUCUACAUAGUAUUCUAAACAAAAUGUUAAAAAAUAACAAAAUAUUAAAAAUAAAAAUUAUAGUGUAAAAAUGAUUAAACAAUUAAUAUUUAUUUUAAUAAUUAAGACAUUAAUAAAUUUAACUCACAGCAAAAAUGAAUCAAAUAUUCUACGUCUAAGUAAACCUAAAUCGACGACAAUAAAAUCAUUAAUUAUUACCACUAGUGCUAAAAAUAUUCCUAGUGAAGAGACGGAAGUUUUACGCGACCGUUUAUUGGCCUUUAGUAAAAAUAAUCCAGAGUCUGAUUGGAAGAAAUAUUUAAAAAUAAAUAACAAUAAAAAUGAUAGUGACAGUGACGUUGACGUUAAUUUUAUGAAAGAUAAAUUAGAAUUAAAUGCUAAUAGCAUACAAUGGUUAACGGAUAUUUAUGACCCGCUGAGAUGGCACAGAAUUCCUGGAAAAUUAACCCCAGAGUGUCACAGAGACAUGGAGUUAUUCAUCAGUGCGCUCAAGGACGGGAAGUUGUGGGCCGCUAAAAUGCUCGAUGCAAGUGGACGUUACAAUUCACAAUUUCACUUUGGAAACGGAUUUUGGCUCGGUUCCAGUUCACUUUGCAAGGAAUUAAAUACGACGGAAGAAGAUGGAAUAAAUCCAAUAAAUCCGAUUAUUUCGAAUGAUGAAUUACCGCCAUAUUUAAUUAAAUUUCAUGUUGUAAGAAUGGGCCUAUCGUUUCCUCGUAAUAUUGAACCAUCGACUCGUCAAAUAUUCUUGGGAUUAUGUCUGCCUGCAACAUGUGACCGUUUUUCACUGGGUUCAAUGCUUCGAACGAGCGUAGAAAGGGUCGAAAAACAAGGUAAUGGGACUCAUGGUUCAAAUGGGCCUAAGAUAACAGUAGUUACUGUGAAACCAGUACCUGCUAGUGAUUACUCGGUAUGGAACGAUUCAAAGCUUUAUAUUCUGAGUGGAGUUGGAGGUGUAAUUGCGGUGCUAAUGUUAAUAGCUACUGUGUACGAUUAUCGUCGGCUUACUACAGAUCCGGAUGUUGAAGCAAUAGCUCCAGGCAAUAAUAAUAAUAAUAAUAAUAAUAAUGAACGUACUUCUACAUACAUCAAGAAAAAUUUUUCUGAUGAACAACAAGUUACUGUUGUACAAGACAAUGGAAAUUAUAUUGAGAAAAUUCAAAAACAUCGACAUUUUCAUUUAGAUGACAAUAUUAAUAAAAAAAAACGUAAAGGUUUUUGGAUGAAAUGUCUGUUAUCAUUCAGCCCAAUAGAAAACGGCUCGAAAAUACUCAGCACAGACCCAGCGGCCCGAGACAAUCUGACCUGUUUGCACGGUCUGAGAGUACUGUCUCUCGGUUGGGUCGUACUAGUCCACACUUACCUACAAGUAUUUUCCAUAGCCGAGAACAAGACCUUACGCACCGUUACUGAAAGGAAUUUUAUGUUCCAGACAAUUAGCAAUGCUACUUUUUCCGUUGACACUUUUUUUUUCAUCAGUGGAUUGUUAGUGACGAUUCUGUUUUAUCGAUCAAUGGGAUCCUUGAAAAAUGACAAUCAUAAUUUUCUAAGAUCUAGUUUCACUAAAUUUUUUAUUAUGAUUCUCUACAGAUUUGUCAGGUUAACACCAGCCUACCUAUUUGUCUUGGGAAUAAAUGAACUGGCAAUAAAACAAGCUCAGGCAACAACAGUAUUCUCCCCGGUGAUAAUAGACCAAGUGACUUGCGAAAAAUUUUGGUGGCGUAAUGCUCUCUACCUAAAUUCACUUUACCCACGCUCUGAAAUGUGCAUGCUGUGGAGCUGGUACAUGGCCAAUGACACUCAGUUCUACGUACUGGGAAUUCUACUGCUCUUGCUGAGCGUUAAAUAUUUUAAGGCUGUCUCAGUUGCGGUUGUACUAUUGAUUGUUUCCUCUUGGUUUACUACUUUUACCGUCGCCUAUACUAAUGAUUAUAUUGCGAGAAUACAGGAACCAUUUGCUCUAUUCGAUGAAUUAUAUGACAAGCCAUGGCUUCGUGCUGGUCCCUACUUUGUCGGCACAAUAACCGGGUGGGUUUUAUUCAAAACCAACUGCAAGCUUCACACUCCAGGUUGGAUUAAAUUUAUCGGGUGGAUUAUUUCAAGCGGAAUAAUGAUGGCAGUUGUGUACGGCCUCUAUCCUGGUGAUAUGACUGUAACAGUGAGUUCAGCUUACGCAGCGCUGGGUCAUACUGCAUGGGCAAUUGCUGUUUCGUUUAUUGUCAUACAAUGUUGCACUGGUUCUGCCGCCAUUGUCAAUAGCUUUUUAUCAUUACGACUUAUUUACCCUAUGUCACGGCUCACAUACUGCGCUUAUCUUGUCCAUCCUGUUAUCAUGAUGAUUACCAGCAUGCAAAUGGAUGGCCCACUACAUAUUCACAAUGGCAUUGUUCUGACUGUCUACUUCGGAAAUCUAGUGUCGUCAUAUUUAAUGUCAUUCUGCAUCUCGCUGGCUCUAGAGGCGCCGGUAGUAAAUUUACUUAAAAUAGCAUUUGCCUCAAAUAAAAGGCCGACGAAUCGAUAAAAUUA